AUGUCGGCCCGGCCACGCGCCUACGUGGGCGCCCACGACGACGUGCGGUCCACAGACUCGCGCAGCUCGGCACGUCCGAAAGCUUUUGUCCGUGGAGACGACGACGUGGGGUCCUCGGGCUCUCAUCUGUCGGUGACGCGUCCGAAGGCUUUUGUCCGUGGAGACGACGACGUGCGGUCUACGGACUCGCGCAGUUCAGCGCGUCUCAAGGCUUUUGUCCGUGCAGAUGACGACGUGGGGUCCUCGGGCUCUCAUCUAUCGGUGACGCGUCUGAAGGCUUUUGUUCGUGCAGAUGACGACGUGGGAUCUACGGACUCGCGCAGGUCCGCGCGGCCGAAGGCUUUUGUCCGUGGAGACGACGACGUGGGGUCUUCGGGCUCUCACCUGUCGGUGUCGCGUCCCAAAGCUUUCGUCCGCGGGGACGACGACGUCUGCUCAUCGUCUUCGCGGGCGUCUGCCCGUCCGAAGGCUUUUAUCCGCACGGACGACGACAGCAGCUCCUUGUCCAGCAGCCACAGAGGUCUGAACCGCGUCAAAGCCGAGUCGAGUCGCGGCAGCAGCUCUGGCCAUCCCCACACGGGGAUCGCGGGCGGCGGCGGCUUGACGGCUGCGAUCCUGCAGCAACAUCGUGCGUCGGCCGGUGUCGGCGGCCUGGAUCUCGGUGCGGCCCGUGCGCGCUACGAUCUGGACGAGACGCGCUCGAUGACGGGCAUGUCGGCUCGGCUUCGGCGGCCGCUGCAGGCAAACAGUCGCGCGCCGCUGGCGCAACCGCUGAGCGCCAGUAUGGGCCCGCGGAUCCGCGUGCCGGAAGCGGACAUCCCCAGUGACAUCCCGACUCACGUCAUGGACGAGCUCAAGAAGGGUCUCGAGAUGCACUUUGCAUCGCGUAGUGGUGCCGUGGACAAAAAGGUGGCGGACUUGCGCACGGACGUUGCUAGCUUGAGCACCCAGAUCUCGGAGCUUCGCAAGGCGUCUAGCAGUACCAGUCUAUCGGGAUACGCAGCCUCGGACGCAAUGGGGGCUCAGUCUAGCGCUGUUGCCAUUGCGCGCCUUGAGAAGCACAGCGCAGAGGUUCUGGACCGCCAAGCAAGAGCAGACCGCGAGUUGACCGAGCUCAGCGCUCGCGUCAAGUCGCUGUCGUCCACGACAAUGAAGAUCUCGACGCUGGAGGACAACGUCGAGGCUCUUGUUGCCAACCGCCAGAAGCAGGAACAAGGGCUGUUCAAGUUGGCAGACCGAGUGCACUUGAUGCACCGUCAAAUGGGCAGCUUAGUCGACAUGAAAGCCGUGGAAAACUUGCUGAGCAUUCGUCUCACGCGCGAGUUUCGUGAAAUGGAGGACCGCUUGUCGCAAAGGGUGAUCCGCAUGGCCGAGAAGAUGGAGCAGAAGGUGCAAAGCUUGGAAGAGCAGUCGUUCUUGCAGCGUCAGGAAAGUCUAGCGGCACUGAAGAGUGAUUUGUCGGAUGACAUUCAGAGUCUGCACAGCUCGGUGCUGCGCAGAAGUGAACUACUUCCGCUGCAAGAUGCCCAGCUGCAGAACAAGGAAGAGGUGGCACAGCUCUCGAGCGUCUUGAGUCUGCACGAGAGGAAGCUGCAGGAGGUCAAAGAGACUAGUGACUCGCUGCGCCAUGAGCUCAGCCAGGCGCUGCAGAGCCAACAGUAUAGUGCUGCAGCCAUGAUGGAAGAGAAGCUGCAGCAGAUUGCAAGUGGAAACAAGGAAAAGUCGAGUGUGGUCGAUGACCAGCUCGCCGAGCUUGCUGAGAAGCAACUGAAGCUCGAGGAAGCCACGAAGAUGCUGCAAACGAACAUAGCUCAGUCUGGUCAGCAACCAAGCCAUGGCUCUGUGGAGAAAAAUGUGGAGACUGACAAGCUGCGUCAGCGUCUCGCUCGCGCUGUAGUGGAGCUGGAAGCCCUGGCUACCACAAAGGCAGAAGUCGAGCACCGUUUUGCUGCUGAGGAAAAGCAACACGAAGCGAUGUUGAAGGAGCUCCGUAUGACGCUGACUACGAUAGAGGAGCAGAAGGAAGCGCAGCGCUUGGAGCUUGUGCGAAAGCUGCAGGAGGAGAGCAAGUUGAUGGGUGUUGCACAGGGAAAGAACAUGUUGUUGGAGAACCUGCUCGCUCGCGAAAAGGCUGAGAACGAGAAGAAGAGUGAGCUCAUGCGCAAGUCGAAGAAAGAGGUGACCGAAAUUCGCGAUCGGAUUUGCAAACUGGAAAGUGAGAAGGAGAAGGAGGUCCGGCGGCUGGUGUCGGAGCUACAGGCCAAGCAGACCCAGAUUGCACUGCUGAAUAAGACGCUGGAGCGUGUCGAGACGGCUUCUGCCAAGAUGCUGGACCUGUCGAAGCAAGAAGCUACGACCAUGCGUCGUGCAAAGGCUACAAAGGAGCACGAGCUAUUCAUUACGCAAUUGAAGCUGAAGGAAAUGGAGCGCGUGGCUGCAGCACAUCAAACGGGCGAUGUUAUUCAGGAGCAAGCUGCUUUGACAGCUACAAGCAGUGAAGAGCGCAAGGGGUUGGAGAAGUCGCUUCUUGAGAGCCAGUUAGAGAAGGAAGAGCUGAAGCAGAGGGUCGAGGAGAUGAUGGAAGAGCUCAAUGCGGCGAAGGCAAGUCAGAAAGUGAUUGUAGAAGACACCAUCACCAGGCUUUCGAGCGAUUAUGAUUGCAAGAUUAGUGAGCUGAAGCAGCUACUUGCAGACAAAGAGCAGGCGAUGCGGCAGUUUUGCAAUACGGUCGCUGGAAAGGGCGACAUUGACGCAGUCGGGGUCGAGCUGGCUGCGCUGAAAGACGAGAAGAACGAGCUAUUGGAACGACUUCAGCGCACGCAGAUUGAGCACGAGCGUAUCACGCUACAGACGGAGACGGAUCUCCGUCUAGCGCUCGCGACCGAGUUUGCUUCGAUAAGGUCAAAGUUUGAAGAGCGCAUAUCGGAGCUGGAAGGUGCCAAGUCUGAGCUUGAAACGAGCAAGGUGACGAUCGCCGAGCUCGAGAAGGAACUGGAGAGUCAGGAAGCGAUACGGCAGCAUGAGGUGUCUAGUCUCAUAGACGAGAUCAAGGAGGCGCGAAGCAAGAUUGAUGCAUGCACUACGCAAAUUCUAGAGCUUGAAGCGAUCAAGGCUCGUCUCGAGGGAGAUGCGUCUCAGAUAGAGGCGAACAUUGGUGGCGUGUCUGCUGAAAAGGAGGAGGAGCUCGCUGCUGCCAAGGGUCAGAUGCAAGCGGAAGUCGACAAGCUCUAUGCUGAGCUUGCCGAAGUGUCAAGCACAUUGCAGGCGAAGCAGGCGAUGCUUGAGGAGGCAAAGCAGUUGGAUGAAUCCAAUCGCCAGCGGCUCGUAGAGAUGGCGAUGACCCAGGAAGAGAUGCAGAGCCGCUACACGUCCCAGAUCGACUCACUCACUCUGAAGCUUAACCAGGAGCGUGAUAGCAGUCGUGCUCGCGAGCAGGAUCUGGAAGAUACGAUUGCCAGGCUCUCUGCUAAUAUCAAGGCACUGAAGGCUGAGUCGAGCAAGGAAGCGGAUGUGGUCCGCUCGGACUUGACGGGCCAAUUGACUGAGCUAACAGCGUCUCUACAGGCCUCUCAGCACCGUGAGCGACAGCUGCAGUCGCGCCUCAAACGUAUUUUGGAGGAGUUGGUGCAUGCUGCGAGCGCCUUGGGCGAGAAUGAGGUGAUUGACGGCGCAGAAUUGAGUGAUGACGACGCCAUCACGCACCACCUCGACAGCCUGUACGCGACACACCGCCGUACGAUGCACGAGUUGGAGAGGCUCCAGGGUGAGUACGAGCUAACCGUGAAGCAGGCUGCUGUGGAUAGCGCCACGGCCCAAGAGCUGGGCAAUCACGUGAAGGAGCAUCAAUCUCAAAUCUGUGAGCUUGAGUCGAUGGUGCAGCAACUUCGUGGAGACCUGAAAGAGCAGUACCACAAGUCUGCUGUCGUUGCCAUCGGAUCCGACGAGUUUGCUGACGAGAUGGCUUCCUUGCGAGAGGAGAAGCGUCGGCUGGAGUGUCAGCUGCAAGAAGAGGAGAGAGAUCGCGAAAAGCGUGAGGUGUCGUUCCAGCGACGAACAGAGACGAAGGAGCGCGAAGUCGAAGAACUGCGCACUGAAAACAAGGCGUUGACUGCUGCUGUCGUUGCUGUCCGCGAGAAGAUUCGCGCGGUGGAGAGCGCGAAGUAUAACGAGUUGGGCAAACUGCAGAGCAAGCUGAAAGAUCUUGAAGAGCGCGCGGAUGCACUUCGGCCGAUCGACUGUAACUACGCUGAAAACGUUAGCAGUACUCGACAAGAAAUUGCUUCGUUGGCUGCUGAAGUGCAGUCGCUAUACCAGAAUCUGACUGCAUGCUGUGGUAUCACGGAGUGGAGUGAGCUUCGUGCGAGUUUGUUCGAUGAGGAAGAGAAGCUGACAAGAGUCCGUUCGGAGCACGCGCAGGAAUUGGCCAAGGUCAAGUCGGUGGAGCAGGAGAUCUUGAUGAACGCUGAGUUCCUAAAUGCACUGAUGGUAGCGCACGGCUCGACGGAAGGAGAUGGCAAACUGCUCAGUGAUUUUCGCUGGAUGCAGAAGUACGCUUCGAUCGCCCCCGAGAUAGUGGAGAAACUCCGUAACGUGGAGUCGCGCUUACGAGAUGCAGUGGCGGAUCUGCAUGGUAGCUCGACUUCACUGUCCUCCGCAGGAUCUUCCAAGACGAGUCGCGCGGGUGGCAACGGUGCAGCUGAUGAAGUUGCUGCACGUCCUCCUAGCUCGCAGAAUUCGUCUGUAGACGGUGCUGCAAUUGCACUCGCGUUGGAGAAGGCCAAGCAGGACUAUUUCAACGAGAUGUCCGAGGCAGGUCACGUGGAAGACGUAGAAAUUGACAACGAAGACGUCGCCAAUGACGACGACUAG